UCUUCGAUGAUCUAUCGCUACUGUUCGAAGUAAAAAUGAGCGCCCUGCGGCUGUUCUACCUGAUCCUUGCUGUUUCGGCAUCAAUUCAUGCUAUCACAUACGAUGUCACCGUACCAACAGAGUGGUGGCAAACAAACGUCAUAUAUGAAAUCUGGGUCGAAUCCUUCAAAGACAGUGACGGCAAUGGAAAGGGCGAUUUGAAUGGUAUCAAGAGCAAAUUGGAUCACUUCGUCGACAUGGGCGUGACGUGCAUUUGGCUGCCGCCGAUAUACGAGACUCCCAUGGUUGACAGUGGCUACGACAUUUCCAAUUUUAUUGCCGUGAACUCACUUUAUGGGACACUUGAAGAUUUCGAUGCACUGGUAACUGCGGCCCAUGAAUUGGGACUCAAAGUAAUCAUCGACUUUGUUCCCAAUCACACGAGUGACGAACACGAAUGGUUCGUCAAAGCAAAGCUGGGCAUCGAACCAUACUACAGCUACUACGUCUGGAACAAAGGAGUUUAUUACGGCGACUAUCUUAGUUAUCCAAAUAAUUGGUUGGACGACUUCAACGACGGCACCGCUUGGGAAUGGGUCGACGAACGCGAAGCUUAUUAUCUUCAUCAGUUCAGCGUGCACGAAGUCGACCUCAACUGGACGAACCCUCUCGUGAUGACGGAAAUGAAGAACGUUCUUACGUUCUGGCUUGAUCAUGACGUAGAUGGCUUCCGUAUCGACGCUGUGCCGUACUAUGUAGAGUCUUCUACUUUGGAGAACGAAACUAGGUCCGACAAGGAUGUCGAUUCAACCAAUUAUUUCUACCUGAACCACACCCAAACAAAGGAUCAACCAGAAAAUUAUCCACUCGUGCAAGAGUGGAAGGAACACAUAAACAAUUACACAGUCUCAAAGGGUAACGACAAGGUUCGGUUCAUCUGCACGGAAGGAUACUCUGACAUUGAUUACGUUAUGAAAUGGUAUGACUACGAUGAUGACUUUCCAUUCAACUUUUACUUCAUCAAAGACGGAGAUAUCGUCAACGACGCUGUUAUAGAUACAGCGGAGGACAUCUACGACAUAUUCAUCAAAUGGCUCGACAAUAUGCCAUCGGGUAAAACAGCUAAUUGGGUGCUCGGAAAUCACGACGUGAAUCGAAUCGCUACACGGGUCGGACUCUACCGAACUGAUGGACUUCACUUGUCGACACUUUUGCUGCCUGGUGUUUUCACCAUGUACAAUGGUGAUGAGCUCGGUAUGACCAACACAUAUCUCACGUGGGCAGAAACUACCGAUGUCCGAGCUUGCAGUAAGACUAAUACAACUUACACUCUGUACUCGCGAGACCCCGUGCGCACUCCGUACCAAUGGGACAACACCACUUCUGCCGGUUUCUCCACAAACUCUACUCCUUUCCUCAAGGUCAAUCCGAACUACUUGACGGUAAACCUUGCCACUGAAAAAGAGGCGGAUUUCAGCCAUUAUAAGAAUAUUCAACAAACUAUCGCUCUGCGCAACACCACCGUAUGGCGGGAGGGAACGGUCGACGUCGAACUUAUUGAGGAUCAGGUGGUAGGUAUCGCUAGGCAACUUGACGGUGAGGAGCCGAUAGUUGUGUUGAUAAACUGGGAGAAUUUCACCGUCACGGUGGACUUGGAUAAUUACUUUGACGGUCUGCCCAACGAGUUGUCACUCAAAAUCGCUGAUAUCUAUUCCGGAUUGAGCGCGAAAAUUGGAGAUACGUACAGCAAGUCAAGUAUAGAACUUCCCGAAUAUGGCUCAAUGGUCUUGCUCGGGACAACUAGUGCUUGAGAUUCAUCAACCAGCGAAAUUCCCAUCCGAGUAAUAACUGUCGUUUUUUAAAACUAUCGUCAUUUCCUUCAAUUUGUGACAAACGUUCCGAUAUGAUCAUGCAUCUAGCGUUAUGUUAUUUCAUCAUUCUACUCAUUUCGAUCGCUAAUAUUCACGGUAAACUGAGAACAUCGAUCUACAGACGGAGCCGGAGAUGCCGAGUCAAAUAUGGGCUUAACACUAAUAAAAAUACUAAUUUCCGAAGCUACAAAGUCAAAAAAUUUUGCAUGUCAGAUUUUUUACAACUCACAAUCUCUUAUUUUAUCUAGACCAAAUGUUUCAUAACUUGGAGAAAACCAAAGUUCUAUGGUUUUUAUCACUUAAAUUCAGCAGUAUGUUUAAAUUCCAAAUAAAGUACAGAAAAUGUAUAGUAAGUUUACAAAUACAAUGCAUUUACUAUAUAAUUUCUUAAAUUCAAAAUACGCUCCAGCGUUCCUUCAACUAAGUUGAGCGAAAUUAGGAAAUUUAUAUGCAAAUUCAAUGAGAAUGCCUAGUAAUUCACUUUAUAAUACGGAAUUUUUUUAAUCAAUUACACUGUGGUACAGUAAAAUUAUGGUAAAUUUCCGAACACUUUUAAGAAUGUGGAAUAAUUAUCACGUAAUUGUAGUUUAUAUACUUCCGUUCGUGAAGAGCUUCAAGCUCGGCGUCCAACGUUUUUAUAAUUUGAAUAAUCGAGAUAAAAAAUAUGUAUCUUGGCAUACAACAAGAAAGUUUCACCGUAAGCAAAAUACUGAACCCUCUGUAUAGAAAUAGAUUAUAUACGAAUAUUGUAUACAGUACAUUAUGUAUCACUUGCAGAACAAAUUCAGUGUCUCGUCAAUGGCGAAUAAAACUUGGAGAUUUUCCCCAUAA